AUGGCUACAUCAACCUCCCAGAAUGGCGCGUCGCAUGCGCCCAUACAGGUGUCUUUUCCUCUGCCUAAAGCACCUGCCACAAAUAUUCACCUGCAACUCACAAAUAAUGGCCCCAAUCUCGUCGUUUUCCUCACCACUUCGACGGACGAGUCGGCAACGUCUACUCCCAUGGGGUCUCUUGUAUAUGCCAUGCCAAAUAAAGUCACACCUGCCGAGACGCUGAGCACGCCCCUCUUCACCCAUGGUUCGACGCUAGAUUUCACAACACGGUUAUCCAAGGUCCUUGCGCGUAAGGCAGGGAAGCCCGUAUACGUGGGAAAUUCAUCAAGCUUUGCGAGUGCAGGCAUGGGUGGGACAGUCGAAGAAGAGAUGGAGGGGUUUAGGAGAGUAGUGGAAGUUGUCAUGGGGCUGCUGAAGGAGAAGAACUAG